AUGACUUUAUUGCCAACUUUCUUCACUCAUUCUCGGCAUAUAUAGGUCUGAGCUACGCAACUCCACAUCUACACCAAUCCAAGUUGAAAAGUGGUCUUUGAGGUUGGAAGCAGGCGGCAGUUUGGCGGCGACAGAGGCAGCUAUACUAACAGGGGCGCUAAAACGUGUAUUUACGACUGUUGUUACACCGAUGACCUAGUGAGCGACAACAAUGAAAAAUCUUUAAAAGCGCCCCGUGCGUCUCAUUAUGUUAACAUGCUGUUGUUGGGAUUAUUUCCGUUAUUUUGCAAGAGCACCGAGUUUCAGAAAGCAGGCAGUGUAACCCCAGCCCGACUCAUAAUCCCCGACCCUAGAGCUGCAGUUCGAGUCUAGCCGCACCAGCAGGGUUGCAGCCUCAGCUUGGGACAACUGGCGAAGAAGGAGCGACAGAAAGUGGGAGCUGCAGGGAACCGUGGACGCUAAAAGGGAACAAAUUAGGCAAAGUUUUGUACUAAUUGCUCUGCACUGGAAAUAGAAACGCUGGCUAUUUUUCGCAGAAGGAGAAAACCCCAUUAUGUGGAUUGCUUAUCUGUUAAUUAGCUCCGUUGAGAGCCAGCUUCUGCUAGGAACUAAUGAAACUAGUGAUUGUCAGAUUCCUGGAGCUUUCAUGUGCACAGAUGGGAGGUGUAUACCUGGUGCCUGGCACUGUGAUGGAUUACCUGACUGUUUUGAUGAAAGUGAUGAAAAGGGGUGCUCCAAAGUAAAAUCCAAAUGUUCUUCAACAUUCUUUGCCUGUGCAAGUGGCAUCCAUUGCAUUAUAGGCCGUUUCAGGUGUAAUGGAUUUGAAGACUGUCCUGAUGGAAGUGAUGAAGAAAACUGCACAGCAAACCCUCUGUUGUGCUCUACAGAACGCUUCCACUGCAGGAAUGGGCGAUGUAUAGACAGAAGCUUUGUGUGUGAUGGACAGAACAACUGCCAAGACAACAGUGAUGAAGACAGUUGUGACAGCUCUACAGAAACUGGAAGCGGGCAGGACUAUGUCACAUCUGAGACUCAUUUCGCCUACUACCCCAACAUCACGUAUACCAUAAUUGGUAGUUCCAUUAUUUUUGUUCUGGUAGUGGCCAUUCUUGCCCUUGUCUUGCAUCAUCAGCAGAAGCGCAGCAGCAUCAUUGCUCAUGUUACACCACCUGUGCAGCGUCUUCAGCAUCACCCACUUCACAUGUCACGAUUGGUUGUCCUAGAUCAGCUGCCCCAAAGUGGUGUCACACACAGUGUCAGCAGUGGGAUGCAAUUCACAUCAAACCCGGUCUACCACAGAGCAGGUGACAUGGAAUCCCCACCAUCAUACUCGGAGGCAGUUCUAGACCAAAGCAGGCCACCUUGGUUUGAUCUUCCCCCUCCACCGUACUUGCCAGAAGCAGAGACUCUUGUUCAUUCUGAUCUUCCACCUUACCGUUCCCGGACUGGAAGUGCCUUCAGUGCAGACACUCCAAGAACAAGAAAUGCCUCCUGCCCUGAAAACAGCAGAACAGGCUCUUCCAUCUCUGUGGACAGUACAAGAGAACCACAGGAGGGGGCAAAUGAGCAAAGUGACUCUCUUGUUAAUCCUGUACCUCACCAUCAAUCUUCAAUAUGAAUAUUUAAUUAUAAAAGAAACAAUAUAUUUUAUAAAGAUAUAUGUAUAUACUAUAUGGGUUGGUCUUCGGUAUAUGAUUACCAGAUGUUCAUUGCUGCUGUCAUGUCUUCACUAACUGAAGAAGAAGAACUGUUUAAAAAUGUAACUCUAUGCAGAAGCCGAGAGAUACAAUGUGUUUUUGUGUGAGCUGUCACAAAAUCCUUUUUGCUGAAAACAUUUGCAUAACUGUAGGAUAAGGCUGAAGUGUUCAUUUUUCUUUUGUCAUCCAUCUGCAUAGACAGUUCAUUAAUUGAAAAUAUCUAGUACUUGUGAUUUUGUGUGUGUGUGUGUGUGUGUGUGUGUGUGUGUGUGUGUGUGUGUGUGUGUGUGUGUGCGCAUAUGCGUGCACGCGUGUGUGUAGAGAAAUGUAGCUUGCCUGACAAUCCUACAUAAAGGUGAUACAUAACAAAAAUGUCCAUCCUACUGUUAUUCCAUAAACCUUAAAACAUUCUUGAAGGACUCUGCUGGGGGAAUGAAGAUAAUUUCUGGCCCAGUGUAAAAGUUUGGGUGAUUUUCCUUAUCCUUUGGCAAGGUAUCAAGUUAUUAUUCAGAGUAGACAAAUUGCAAUGCAACAGUCAAUUGGUAUGACUUCCAUUUAGUGAUGAUAAGGACAGUGCCAUUGGAGAUGCUAUAGCCACUGCAGGCACUGACUUAUAAGUUUCACUGUUUUUACCGUUUACUGAAGAUGAGAAUAGUCCCACUGGAGACAGAGCAGCAUUUGACCGCAGUUAUUAUAUCUUCUGUUCUAUAGUGAUAUAAUCCAGUCAACAGUCUCAGUUAAAGACUUCUGCAUGAGAUUAUGUCUGUAUAAUGCUUGGAGAACUGAAAGCUGUAUUCAAGACACAUGCAUGCAUUAACAGGAAUCAUUAUGAAAUGAGAAGAUGCUGAAACACCCACAAGUGUGGUAUGCUAAUGAAUGUGCAUGAAAACGAGGAUUAACUCUUUGAUUGAGAGGUACUUGUAGGCUCCUGUUUUAAAAGAGGCUCUUAUUAAAGUUCAAAGAGGAGUCAGAAUGUUUUAUGAGAUAAAGGGUCUUAUAUGUAAUCUUAGGACUGGCAGGCUAAAGUUGACAAAAAUAAAAGUCAAGAAAAGUCAAAAGAGACUUGUUCGCAGAUCGGUUCAUAUGUAAACAAAAAGUAUAUGUGGGCUGUUAGUUUAAAAUGAGAGGUCUUCGUUCGAGGUACCUAACAUGUUUAAAACUGUCCUUAAGAAUUUAUACAUAAAGGGGGAGUGGAAUUUGUCCUCUCAAGACAUCUAUAACAUGCUUGCUAUUGUUAAUAGAAAAGAUACACUUUGUAUUUAAUCGUGGUAUUUGGAAUAUUAUUUGUUAGAGCUAGGGGAACGUACCUGUCAGCUAUCUAUAUUAUCAUAGACUGUCCAGAUUUUUGCCUCACAUUUUUAGUUUGUCCUCAUAAAAUUUGUUGCUGUCUGGAUAUUUGUUGCAAAUCAGUGAGAGUUCAUUGUAUAAUGACAGGUGUUUAAGUUUCUGAUUUCAUAUCUUUCAGAAAAUGCAUGGUAACACAAGAUAUUUUAUUCUAGCAACUU